AUGUCACCGUUUGCAGACACGUUAGCCCCGGGGCACCAGCAGCGGCGGCUGGCCCAGAAGCGCGGCGAGUUCUGCAGCAAGUACGGCUUCUCGGCCGAGGACUACCGCGAGCUGGAGCGCCUGGCCAGGCAGGCCGAGCCGCACCGCGCCGGCCGCCAGUGGAAGUUCGCCGGCUCCUUCUACUUCGCCAUCACCGUCAUCACCACCAUCGGGUACGGCCACGCCACGCCGGGCACGGACUCGGGCAAGGUCUUCUGCAUGUUCUAUGCGUUCCUGGGCAUCCCGCUGACGCUGGUCACCUUCCAGAGCCUGGGCGAGCGGCUGAACGCGCUGGUGCGGGGCCUGCUGCUGGCGGCCAAGCGCUGCCUGGGCCUGCGGCGGCCGCGCGUGUCCACCGAGAACAUGGUGGUGGCCGGGCUGCUGCUGUGCGCCGCCACCCUCGGCCUCGGGGCCGCCGCCUUCGCGCACUUCGAGGGCUGGACCUUCUUCCACGCCUACUACUACUGCUUCAUCACCCUCACCACCAUCGGCUUCGGCGACUUCGUGGCGCUGCAGAGCGACGAGGCGCUGCAGACGAGGCCGCCCUACGUGGCCUUCAGCUUCCUCUACAUCCUGCUGGGGCUCACGGUCAUUGGCGCCUUCCUCAACCUCGUGGUCCUGCGCUUCCUCGCGGCCACCGCCGACGCGCCCGAGAGCGUUUAA